AAGCCGGGCGGCUGGAUUAUGCAAGGCAGGAAGACUUAAAUCAGCUGGGUGGGCGCAUGGGUUUAGCAUUUUGUUGAAUAACAGUACAAAGAGGAACAUUUAAAGACUUAUGUUAUGCAACCGUUGGACUAUUGUAACCGAGAACCUUAAUUGUAGGGAGAUAUAUUUUGAUCAGUUCCAGUGACUCCAACAACAGCACGACAAGGUCAAGUGGUAGUAGUUGUGAGACACUUGCUUAAUCCUAAUCUCUGGUUAGAACCACAAACGAAUUAGUAACAUGGCUGGUCUUAUAAACUUUGAAGAUGAAAAUGAGGUGAAGCAGUUUUUGGACAAUUUGGGCGUGGAGUACAGCUUCCAGUGUUACAAAGAGAAGCAACCCGAAGGUUGCCAAAGGCUAGCUGACUACUUGGAAGGAGUAAAGAAAAACUACGAAUCUACGGCAAAGGUGCUCAAACAUAAUUGUGAAACAAAUGGACAUGGCGAGAGUUGCUAUAAACUUGGGGCUUACUAUAUAUCAGGCAAAGGUGGACUAACCCAGUGUCUGCAAACAGCCUAUUCCUGUUUUAUGCGCUCCUGCAACGCUGGAGGAAAGAAGUCUAGAGAUGCCUGCCAUAACGUCGGCCUGUUGGCCCACGAUGGACGGGCCAUGGAGGGUGGGACUGAUGCUGCAAUCGCUAGGCAGUAUUAUGAGAAGGCCUGCGCAGAGGGCUUUGCUCCUUCUUGCUUCAACCUCAGCGCUUUGUUAAUCAAAGGAAACGCCACAGGCUUGGCGCCAGACAUGCCCAUGGCCCUGAAGUACGCAGACAGGGCCUGUGAGCUGGGACACGUGUGGGGAUGUGCCAAUGCAAGCCGUAUGUACAAACUAGGGGACGGAACGGAGAAGGAUGAGAAGAAGGCGGAGGAGCUCAAGAACAGAGCGCGGGAGCUCCACGGCAUCGAGAAGGAACAGCAGCUAAAGUUUGGGGAGUGAGACUCGUAACACGAUAUCUGUGUUGGAUAUGCUUUUUUGUUGAUUAUGGUUAAUUGAUGUAGAUCAUUAUUGAGACCAUACAGUUUAUUUCAGCAGAUAGUUAACAGUUGUUGAGGUAUGAAUGAAAGAAGCUACUACCAGUUCAAAUUGGUUCAUUUCCCUGAUAUACAGUACAAGCCAUACGUAUACGGCUGUACAGUUGUUUGGUAAUCAUUUGUUAAAAGGUUUUCCAAAUAUAAUUAAAAAAAUUGUCAUUGUAAAACCCACUUCAUUUACUUGUCAGAUGGUUUAAUCUAUGUUGAAAUGAAUAAUGUAUUUACACAAAUUGUGACACUA